CGAAACCAAAACCCACUCGCACUGAAACCCCCCAAAGUCCAACUGGACGUAUAAAUAAUUGAUGAAACAAAACAACGACAGCCGAACAAUUCCUCCAAUACUCGUUUGAACCGUUUACUGGCGGUUUAGCUUAAACCUUUACCCACCAACCGAAUAUUCCUCCCGAGUAUUCCAAUUGUUUUCUUCUAUAUAACCCAAACACCAAAACUCACGAGAACCCAAAAAACCUGCACCAAAGAAACCCCGAAAAACCAAAAUUCAGGGGCUCUCAGAUAGAGCGAGAGACAAACCAAAAACCACACACAACACAACCAUCAACCUACAGUGCCCAAAAUCCCCCCAAAUGUAUGAUACAUUGAAGGACGCCUACCAACUGUUUGAAGAAAUCGGCCGCGGCCGAUUCGGCACAAUCAUCCGAGCUUUCUGCCCCAACUCCGCCGAGUUCGUCGCCUGCAAAAUCAUCGACAAAUCGGGCCUCACCGAUGCCCAAGACCGCGCCUGCCUCGAGAAAGAGCCCAAGAUCAUGAGCCUUCUCGCUCCUCACCCCAACAUUCUCAAGCUCUUCAACGUCUACGAAACCGACGACUCUUUGGCCAUGGUGCUCGAGCUCUGCGAACCCACUACUCUCUACGACCGGAUCAUCAAGCGCCCGCUCUCCGAACCCGAAGCCGCCUCCAUCAUCAAGCAGCUUCUCGAAGCGAUUUCGCAUUGCCACAGGGUCGGCGUCGUUCACAGGGACCUGAAGCCGGAGAACAUUCUAUUCGACUCCAGGAACAAUUUGAAGCUCGCGGACUUUGGGUCGGCGGAGUGGGUCAGUGAGGGAGGGUCCAUGGAAGGCGUGGUGGGCACGCCAUACUAUGUUGCGCCGGAGGUGUUGAUGGGAAGAGCGUACAAUGAGAAGGUCGAUGUUUGGAGCGCCGGCGUGAUGCUGUACAUAAUGCUCGGUGGGAUUCCGCCGUUUUACGGUGAGUCGGCUUCCGAUAUUUUCGAGGCCGUUUUGAGAGGGAAUUUGAGAUUUCCUCCGAAAGUUUUCCGAUCUGUGUCUCCGGCUGCCAAGGAUCUGUUAAGGAAGAUGAUUUGCAGAGACGUUUCCAGGAGAUUCUCCGCUGACCAGGCACUUAGGCACCCAUGGAUCUUAAGUGGCGGAGAGGCAAAUCCAAUAGACUGAUCUGACUUGGUUCGAAGAUAUCAUAUAAAAGCGCACCAAUCAGAGCCAACCCAAGUACAUAUAACAUAUAUCCCAGGUUCCCAACCAUCUAUGUGAAUAUAAGCGAGCCCACUUUCACUCUCUUAAAGCACAAAAACCCUGAUGUAAUGGAUGGAUCCAGAGACCCCCUCCUCCCUCUUCCAAUCAAGAGCUACAAAAAGAGAAAUAGAAGAUCGGUCUGAGAGAAGAUGCCCCUGCACAUGAAGCUCUUGGAAGGGUUUUUCUCUUUUUUUACUUUAAGAAAACAAGAAAAAGAAAAUGUUGUGAGAGAAUCUGAGAUUGUAGAUACAUAUCAUGGGGUUUAUGAGGAUCCUGUCUUUCCCCGCCUUCUCUGGUUUUUUUUUUUUUUGGUCAGAGAGAGAUUAGGAAGUGAGAAAGCAAAACCACUCCCAUCCCAUAGGCUAUGGUACUCCUGCUACUUUAUCAUCUACUCUUUUGAGUGUAAAAGCAUGUUUUGUGUACGGAAAAUGUGUGUGUUUUGAGUUGGGAUCUGAGUUUCUUUUCUUUUUGUUUGUAUGGAGAUUGGAAUCUGAGUUUCUUUCAUCUCCCUUUUCUGGUGGAAUAAAACGUGUCUUUAAUGUAGGUA